UGUGUGUACAGUGAAACCUCAGCGAAGAUCAGGCCGCACGAUGGGACAACAGCCAUUCCACGGCCAAUCGAAACAAAUCGUUCAGAGAAGACAGACGUUCGAACGGAACCGUGCGCGCGUAAAUUGAAAGUGGAAGCAAAAAUAGAGAGAGCGCAACGGAUCUCUCACUCUCGUCUCGUCUCGUCUCGUGCUUCGUGCUUGCGAUCGCACUCACACUCGCUCUCGCGCCAGAAAAAGUUUUACCAAUCAAGUUUUUUAUUUCGCAAUAAAACAAAAACAAAAAAACAAAACUUCAACCUAGUUAAAGUUAAUGUUGCUGUUGUUGUCGUAGUGAACUUUUGUGCCUGUGCAUGUGCAUGGAAAUUGGUGUUCGUUGUUGGUAGUUGGGACCACUCUGUAUGUGUGUUUGUUGCGUCGCCGAGGCAGAAGAAAAGUCGCGCACUGGAACCAACAAACAACAAAAAAAAAAAAAGAAAAUCCACCAAAAAAAAAGAAAUUACAUUUCCGUUCAAGUGCUCCGCUGCUCCCUCCCACACUACACCCUCCAAGAGAGUGUAACAAAUAUGAUUAAAAGAAACCUUUACAUUCCGAUGGCCAAGUGAAUGUUGAAACCGAAAGUUGUCAGAUUCAGACCAUUAUGAAUUAUAUCGAAAAAGAAAGGAUUAGAACGUGACUAAAUACUUAUCCGCUCGAUCGUGAAAGUGUUCCCAAGUACCCAAACCCACGGAUACGGCCGCCCAAAAAGAAAUUCAUUUUGGAUUAAAACUAACUGCUGAAAACAAACUUAAUGAAAGAGUUUCAAAGAAUGUUGAUGUUGCAAUAUAGCAAGCAUGGCGAGUGCAUACUCAAGGAAAUCGGAGCAGCCUUCAGAGGGGAGCACCCAGCCGACCUCACCAUAGUCUGCGAGAACAAAGUGAAACUGCAUGCUCACAAAUUGGUCCUGGCAGCAGCCAGUCCUCUCAUCAGAAAUCUAUUGGAGGACACUCAUUUGAGCGACUGCUCUACUACCGUUUACUUUCCCGAUGUGAAUGCCACCUAUUUCAAAUUCCUGCUGGACUUUCUCUACUCCGGCCAGACGUGCAUCACAUCGAGGGAUGUCAACUACCUGCACGAUCUGCUGCUGUUGCUCCAAAUCAAAUCAGACAGCUGGAAGACCACCGACUCGGCCUAUCUGAACAGCAAGUGUGGCGGCAGUUUGAGGGAGCGGGCCGACAGGCGAAAGCAACAGUUCGCCUCGCCGCAUAAUCUGGAGGAGCCCGAUCAGACGCUAAAGUAUGAGGUGGACAGUGUGGAUGAGUCGCGUCAUGCGGCCGACUUCUCGGUGGCCUACAAUUCGGGGGAUAACUGCGAGAGCGCCAACGAGUGCGAGCGAAGCGGUGGCGGUGGCGUCCACAAGGACGAGGAUGAUGACGACGACGACUGCACCCACAAGGACAACAAGAGCGACAAAGACACCGACGAAAUAGUUAAUCUCUCGAAUGCCCCACCAAGCGGUAACAGCGGCAGCAACAGCAACAUCAGUACCAACAGCAACCACCAUCAUCAGCAUCAGCAUCAGCACCACCCUCACCACCACCACAACAACAAUAAUAACAACAACAGCAGCAGUUCAGCUAUUAAUCCUGUCAACCUAUCACUUGACCUUCGGACAAAAAGCGAGAACUCCACCAGCAGAACCCAUGGCUCCGGAUCAGAUCACAGUGGCAUCGACCUGGCGGUUAACGCCAGCGAGAGCACAAAACGCAAAGGACUAUUCUUCGACUCGCACAAGGACGUUAUGAAACCGCUGUCCGAUGGCUCGGACAUUAACAGCUCGCCGGAGAACUAUGUCGUGACACCGCAUCGAAAGCGACGGCCGGGAUUCCACAAUACACAGAGUGACAACCAACCGUUCACCUCGUACCAGCACAAUUUCCUCGAGGAGCUGCGCCUGGUCAAGUCAACGACAUCGCCCAUCUCUGGCUUUGGGUCGGAGAAGAACAUGUUAUCCCACCUAGAGGACGGAGCCCUGAACGGAGACACCCUGACGCCGGACCGAAAACAGUUAUUGGAGGCGCAACGCAAUCGGGCCCAGAGCCCCGAGAUACCAAUGCAUCUGGGGCCGCAGUUCGUCUACCAGUGGCAGUCCAAUCAGAAUGCCGCCAUGUCCGCAAUGCCCAAUCUGCAGUCGCGACUCUCUAGUCUGUCGCACAUCAACCUGAACCUAGACCAUCCGGAGGGUAGGAGUGGUUCCGCAUCCGGUUCUGGGUCAGGAUCGAAUCUUGCCGGCAGCAAUACACACGCCUCGUCGGUACGAGAGUAUCGCUGCGAGUACUGUGGCAAGCAGUUCGGCAUGUCCUGGAAUCUGAAGACCCAUCUGCGAGUUCACACCGGCGAGAAGCCGUUCGCCUGCCGCCUCUGCGUGGCCAUGUUCAAGCAAAAGGCCCACCUGCUGAAGCAUCUGUGUUCGGUCCAUCGGAAUGUCAUUACCACCACCAACGGAGCGGAUACGGAAAACCGAUACAGUUGCUGUUUCUGCUCCAUGUGCUUCGAGUCGGUGCAGGAGCUAGUGCGCCACCUGUCUGGACAUCAUAAUAACCUGCUGCUGACCAAGAACCUGCGCGAAUAGCUAACAACCGAUCAUCCCGAGUAUCCGAUCUGUCCGAUCUGACCGCCGGACGGACCACUGCAAAGAGACCUGAAUUUUAAAUAAUAUACAAUACAAUCGUACGGUAACAGUAACAGAUUUAAUUGCCUAUUGUAUAAAUAUGUAAAAUGUACAUUUAAAUCGUAAGUUUACCAACACAUUCACGCGACUCCGCUCGAUAUAUAAUAUAUGUAUACAUAUAUAUAUGUAUAUUUUACCUAACCAACAUGGCAUGGAGCUCCAGAACCGAAUCCCGCAUCCCUACGAUGCGCACAGGAGGCCAAUCACAUUGUUGUUUUCUCAUUUAAAUUUUAUUCGACAUUCAAAUACUACCCUACCCCCUUCCCCCCAUUCAACAAUACUUCCACUAAUGCGCUACUACGACCCCCCCCCCCCCCCCCCCAAUCUUUUUAAAACGGCUGGUCCAUUCAUUAGUGGAGCAAUUUAUAAUUUAAGGAUAUUUUUAUACGCAAGGUAUUGUAAUUUCUAUUGUAUUUCCAAAAUGUCUUACAUGAAACUUCAUUACCGGAAA